UUGUAUUCACGUUGUUUUUAAACUUUUACUUAUAUUAUAAUUUAACACUGAGAUUCUAUUAAUACUAAAAGAACCUGUUAUUAAAUCUACAAAAUGGCUAAAAAAGGUAAAGCAAAGAUAAGCAAAGUGAAAAGGAACAACCAGACGACAAACAAAAUGAAGAAGCAGGGCAAAUUAAAGUUGCAGCGGCACCGGACUAAGGUGCCGAAGCAGACACAAAAGCAACCGCAACAGAGUGUGGUGGAGUACAGCAGCGCCAGUGAUUCGGAAUCUGGUGAAGAGUGGGCAGACAUGCUCGAUGAUGAGGAGCAGAAGUAUAUACUUAGUCGUAUCGCGAAGCAGCCACAACUGUUGUCCAAUGUACCUGAAAAAGAGGUGGUCAACAGGUCAAAGAAACGUAAAAGAGAAGAUAAAGGAGGCCGGAUGCCAAGACAGGUAGCUCCCGGCAGCGACAGUGGGGCUGAGAGUGAACAUUCUGAUAGUGAAAUAGAAGAAAAUUAUGAAAAGGAACUAUCGGAGAGACCCCCAAAGAAGAUGAGGCCAUUAUUGCCAAUAAAAACUAAGGAUGGUUUAGUGGAACGGAGUGAGGAGUAUGAAGAAUCGGAAUCAGAAGAGGAAAUACAAAAGUCACCAGCCCCAGAAUCAAAAGCAGAGCAACCACACGAGUCAGAUUCUGACUCUGGAUUGGAGGGAACCGCUGAGGAGAAUGAAUCAUCAGACCAUGAGACAGUGACAGCGGUUCAACUGAUGGCAGCCAGGAGAGACAAACUGCAGCAUGACAAGCUGAGGAUAGGUGCAUUGUGCUCUUCUCUUCUGGAGAGUCCAGAGAAGAAGUUGAAGAAUCUCUUUCCCAUACUCUACCUGAUGGAGGAGCGGCUCAAGGAUGAUUCUCUGAAUUUACUGUCUGUGCGAAAGCUGGCAACACUUUCCGCUUAUGAAGUGUUCAAGGAUAUCCUACCAGACUACCAUAUAAGGCAUCAAGAUUAUUCUAAUGUUAAAUUAAAGAAGGACACACUGGCCAUGUACAAAUAUGAAAAGGAGUUACUGGAAUUCUACAAAAGAUAUUUACAACGGCUGGAGAAAGCCUGUACAGUGCUGCGCAGGAAGAAAGGAGACACCAGGAAAGUGGACGAGUCGUCGUUGAGCCUGGCGCUGGUGUCUCUGCGGUGCAUGUGCGGCGUGCUGGCGGCGCGGCCCGACUUCAACUACGGCACCAACAUCGCGCAGAGCGUCGUGCCGCUGCUCGACUGCCGGCUGCCGGCAGCCGUCGACCUCGUCACCAGCUGCUGCUGCACCAUCUUCCAGGAGGACAAGAAAGGAGACAUCACGCUCACGAUAGUUCGAUUGAUCAAUCAGUUGGUCCGACGUCGCGGAGAGCGGCUGCGGCCGGCGGCCCUCGACUGCCUGCUGUCUCUCAGGAUACGGGACGUGGACAUGGACGCAGAUGCAGACCUCAUCCACAAGAAGAGACAAGACCAGAAGCACAAGAAGAGAAUUGUCAACUUGUCCAAGAAAGAGAAGAAGAGAGCGAAAAAAUUAAAAGAAGUAGAACGGGAACUGCUCGAGACGGAAGCACAAGAGAAUGAGGCGGCGCGCCGGAAGCAGAUGACGGAAGUGACGAAGACGGUCUUUCACAUCUACUUCCGGGUCCUCAAGCAGGCGCCUCAUUCCAAGCUCCUCACUGCCGCACUCGACGGUCUAGCCAAGUUCACACAUGUCAUCAAUUUGGAGUACUACUCGGACCUGGUGGCGAUCCUGACGCGGCUGGUGGCCGACGAGGCCGCGGACCGUCGCCAGCGACUGCAGUGUGUGAGGACGGUGCUGGCGCUGCUCGCUGGUGCUGGAGACUCCCUCAACGUAGACCCUGCAGUCUUCCACGCCUACCUCUACCAGCAUAUACUUGGAGUCCACGCGGGUUCGACCCAUGAAGACGCAAAGAUAAUAGUGGAGGCAGUAUGGCAAGUGUGCUCUCGGGCGCGCCGCGUGUCUUCGAACGUACUGCAGGCGCUCUCCAAACGACUGCUUACGGCCAGCCUUCAGCUGCAGCCUCAUGCUGCACUUGCUUGCCUUCUGCUGCUGCAUCGGCUCGCGCAGCAAAGCAAGCCGGUGGCGUCCCUGUUAGAGCAAGAUGGCGAGUGCGCGGGCUCAGGACGGUUCGACCCGAGCUUGGGGUCGCCGGAACACUGCAACGCGCACGCGGCCGCCGCUCACGAGCUGGCCGCGCUGGCGAAACACUUCCAUCCCGCAGUCAGCCAUACGGCCCGCCUCAUACACACCUCGCUACCGCCCGAUAUGACUAAACUAACUCCAAUACAAGUGUUUGAGCAGUAUGACGGUUCACAAAUGGCAUUUAAACCACCAGUGCCGCCUCCGAACCGCCUCAUCUCCAAGGCGAAGGUGGCGAAGCUUUCUCACCAGCACACGUGGUUUCAGCCCACACUCAGGGAGUACUGCCAGAAAGUAGAAAACCACGUGGAUAUGACGAUAAGCUUCAGUGAUAGAUGAUUUUAUACAAAUGAAAUAAAAAUACA